ACUUCCGCGGGAAAGAACGCGCAGGCACUUGGCCAUGUGGGCACUCACUUGCCCCGGAAGUACUGUUGCGUUAGUGCCUCACCUUCCGGGGCGGAUUGUCUGUCGUUGCAGUAGCUGUAGGAAGGGGAGGCCAUUUUCCGUUUCUGGGAGGAGUGCGGGGCAACGGGUCGGAGAAAAAGGUAAAAAGAAGGGCUCAGCGCCUCCCCGCCGGGCCGUCGACAGAGGGGCACAGUUUCGGCAGGCGGGUGAGGUCGCUGAGGGCCCGCAGGAGAUGUUUUCCUUGUCGAGCACGGUGCAACCCCAGGUUACAGUUCCUCUGAGUCAUCUCAUCAAUGCCUUCCAUACACCAAAAAACACUUCUGUUUCUCUCAGUGGAGUGUCAGUUUCUCAAAAACAGCAUCGAGAUGUAGUUCCUGAGCAUGAGGCUCCCAGCAGUGAGCCUUCACUUAACUUAAGAGACCUUGGAUUAUCUGAAUUAAAAAUUGGACGGAUUGAUCAGCUGGUAGAAAAUCUACUUCCUGGAUUUUGUAAAGGCAAAAACAUUUCUUCCCAUUGGCAUACGUCCCAUGUCUCUGCACAGUCCUUCUUUGAAAAUAAAUAUGGUAACUUAGAUAUAUUUAGUACGUUACGUUCCUCUUGCUUGUAUCGAAAACAACAUUCAAGAGCUCUUCAAAGCAUUUGUUCAGAUCUUCAGUACUGGCCAGUUUUCAUACAGUCUCGGGGUUUUAAAACUUUGAAAUCAAGGACACGACGUCUCCAGUCCACCUCCGAAAGAUUAGCUGAAACACAGAAUAUAGCGCCAUCAUUCGUGAAGGGGUUUCUUUUGCGGGACAGAGGAUCAGAUGUUGAGAGUUUGGACAAACUCAUGAAAACCAAAAACAUACCUGAAGCUCACCAGGAUGCAUUUAAAACUGGUUUUGCGGAAGGUUUUCUGAAAGCUCAAGCACUCACACAAAAAACCAAUGAUUCCCUAAGGCGGACCCGUCUGAUUCUCUUCAUUCUGCUGCUAUUCGGCAUUUAUGGACUUUUAAAAAACCCAUUUUUAUCUGUCCGCUUCCGGACGACAACAGGGCUUGAUUCUGCAGUAGAUCCUGUCCAGAUGAAAAAUGUCACCUUUGAACAUGUUAAAGGCGUGGAGGAAGCUAAACAAGAAUUACAGGAAGUUGUUGAAUUCUUGAAAAACCCACAAAAAUUUACUAUUCUUGGAGGUAAACUUCCAAAAGGAAUUCUUUUAGUUGGACCCCCAGGGACUGGAAAGACACUUCUUGCCCGAGCUGUGGCAGGAGAAGCUGACGUUCCUUUUUAUUAUGCUUCUGGAUCCGAAUUUGAUGAGAUGUUUGUGGGUGUGGGAGCCAGCCGUAUCAGAAACCUUUUUAGGGAAGCAAAAGCAAAUGCUCCUUGUGUUAUAUUUAUUGAUGAAUUAGAUUCUGUUGGUGGGAAGAGAAUUGAAUCUCCAAUGCAUCCAUAUUCAAGGCAGACCAUAAAUCAACUUCUUGCUGAAAUGGAUGGUUUUAAACCCAAUGAAGGAGUUAUUAUAAUAGGAGCCACAAACUUCCCAGAGGCGUUAGAUAAUGCCUUAAUACGUCCUGGUCGUUUUGACAUGCAAGUUACAGUUCCAAGGCCAGAUGUAAAAGGUCGAACAGAAAUUUUGAAAUGGUAUCUCAAUAAAAUAAAGUUUGAUCAAUCCGUUGAUCCAGAAAUUAUAGCUCGAGGUACUGUUGGCUUUUCUGGAGCAGAGUUGGAGAAUCUUGUGAACCAGGCUGCAUUAAAAGCAGCUGUUGAUGGAAAAGAAAUGGUUACCAUGAAGGAGCUGGAGUUUUCCAAAGACAAAAUUCUAAUGGGGCCUGAAAGAAGAAGUGUGGAAAUUGAUAACAAAAACAAAACCAUCACAGCAUAUCAUGAAUCUGGUCAUGCCAUUAUUGCAUAUUACACAAAAGAUGCAAUGCCUAUCAACAAAGCUACAAUCAUGCCCCGGGGACCAACACUUGGACAUGUGUCCCUGUUACCUGAGAAUGACAGAUGGAAUGAAACUAGAGCCCAGCUGCUUGCACAAAUGGAUGUUAGUAUGGGAGGAAGAGUGGCAGAGGAGCUUAUAUUUGGAACUGACCAUAUUACAACAGGUGCUUCCAGUGAUUUUGAUAAUGCCACUAAAAUAGCAAAGCGGAUGGUUACCAAAUUUGGAAUGAGUGAAAAGCUUGGAGUUAUGACCUACAGUGAUACAGGGAAACUAAGUCCAGAAACCCAAUCUGCCAUUGAACAAGAAAUAAGAAUCCUUCUAAGGGACUCAUAUGAACGAGCAAAACAUAUCUUGAAAACUCAUGCAAAGGAGCAUAAGAAUCUUGCAGAAGCUUUAUUGACCUAUGAGACUUUGGAUGCCAAAGAGAUUCAAAUUGUUCUUGAGGGGAAAAAGUUGGAAGUGAGAUGAUAACUCUCUUGUUAUGGAUGCUUGCUGGUUUUAUUGCAAGAAUAUAAGUAGCAUUGCAGUAGUCUACUUUUGCAACACUUUUCCCUCAUUCUUGACGUGGUGUAAUUGAAGGGUGUGAAAUGCUUUGUCAAUCAUUUGUCACAUUUAUCCAGUUUUGGUUAUUCUCAUUAUGACACCUAAUGCAAAUUAGCAUCCCAUGGCAAAUAUAUUUUGAAAAAAUAAAGAACUAUCAGGAUUUAAAACA